AUGGUUCACUCGAAUGUCACCUGUCUUCCUAUCCUUUCUCUUAUCAUUUUAACCAUCCUAUCAUCCAUCUCGGGUGAAAACUUGAAGGGAAUCUAUAUCAUCGAUGCAUGUGAGUGCACAUCGCCAACGGAAAAAUGCGAACCAAACGGACCAUUCAUACUGGAUCAGCAAAAAUCAUCGUUUGCUGUUCGUUUUGGUGUCACUCAAGUGGGUGUUGGAACAUCAGGAAACAAUCGAUUGGACUUAGUUCUCAAUCAAAAUCGUUGCAAAGGCUUGUGGAAUAGCAAAAGUCGCGUAGCUGAUUUGAAAUGUCAACAUCCGCGUGGUGUUGUUUGCGCCACAAGACUUCGUUGUGUUUCUGGCUCAUGUCUUGAUGAGAAGAUGUCACCAAGCGCGUCGUCGGCUACAUUGACAACAACUGUUCGUUUUGUUUUACUCAUUUGUAGUCUAUUAUUAUCAUCAUUAGUGGCAUAUCAUUAG